AUGAAAAAGUUUUCUCGUAAAUCCACGGGAAGUUCUCUCACAGCAACAUCAGCAAAUUCUUCGUCGUCGUCAAAUGUGAUGAAUGGUGUUGGCCCCAUGACCUCACUGACGACGACUACAACGACAUUACCUUCCCUUUCUCUCACAUCAUCGACACAAAUACAACAACAACAAUCGAUGCAUCAUCAUCAUCACGGAGGAUCCAAUCAUCGACAUACGAUUAAUGGAACGACACAACCAGUCCAUGGUUUGAUGACAUCACCACAACAACAUGAAGAAGAUCAAGCUAGUGAUCUACAUUUGCAACUGGAUACGGCCAGUAGUGCUACAAUGUAUCAUCAACAUUCGAUGGGAGUGUCAGUUGUCAAAAAUUCAAAUACAACACCCAAUUCUGCAACCACUCCAAGACAACAUUUAUCAUUUGCUCCUCCUCCUCCAUCGAAUGAAAAUGUCAAAUUAAAUCCAAUUUCGAGACAUUCUUCAUCUCUUUCGAAAAAGAGUUUAUCCACUUCUUUCAAACGAUUACUUUUCGGAUGUCGAAAUGUGAAAGACGAACAAGAAGAACAAGCGGAGGAAAUGUUGGAUCGAUCGAGACGAUAUUUGGCAGAUCGAGAUUUGUUUUCGAAUGCUGAUCCACAUGCCACACCCGUCGACGACGAUGAUUCGUAUGAAAUUGCAACGUCACCUGUCAUGGCCAUGUUGUCACCAAGAGGUAAACAUGAAACUAGUUCCAAAUACAUGUCCUCUCCUUCGAAAAGUGCUUUUAAGAGAAGAAGUGCAGAAAGUCCUACACAAUUAUUCUUAUCCAAUAAUAAUCAUACAAAUGUCAUCCACAACGGAGGAGGAGGAGGAGGAUCCAUUCGAUUGUUACACGAAACCUCCGCCGUCGGAGAUUCCAUAAAUGGUGUUGGUAGCGGUGGCAACAACGAGAAUGAAUGUGUCAAAUCCACGAAUGGUACGAGUACGUCGACUCCUCUUCACAAGUAUUAUCAUGUGAAUGGAAGAAGUAAAAUAUUUGCAGGAGCACUUGCAGAAGAACAAGCAGAGGAAAUUCUGAUUGGAAAUGAUUAUCCACAAAAAGUUCAUUUUCAUUUUGAAGGUCAAUUUGAAGUGAAACAAUGUCAUCAUUUGGAUACCAUUUCAGAUAUUUUGCCAGGAUUUAAAGAUUGUGUGACACCGUUUGUGAAAAUUGAAUGGAGUGUGGAAUUUUUUAAUACACAAUCUUCGGGAUUGAAUGGAACCAAGAAUGUUCCAUUUGUGAAAUCCAUUGCUUCGAAUCCAUCUUUGAAACAAGCAAAAAAGACAACGGUCACUUGUCUUGAAAUUGGACGAAAAGAAGUUUCAUGGAAUGAAGUUUUAGACUUUUCCAUUCAAGUCGAAGGAUAUUUACACAAAAAUAUGAUCGAAGUUUACAAACAAUUUAAUUUCAUCAAUUCAAAUUCGGAUUUAGAUUUAUCCAAACCCUACGGAGAUCACAUUAUUGGAAUUUUACUCGUCAAGUCUAGUUUAUUCGAUUACGAUGACUUGUUAAUGCAAGAAAAUAUCAUUUCACAUCAUGUCUUGGAAUUUCCAAUAACGUUGAAAGGUCUUUUACGAUCGAGUGCUUCUUCACCUCAAAACAAUAGUGUGAAGGCAGCAGUCAUGUCCACCUUCAUCACGCCGACGACGACGACGACGACGGAAAAUAAUUCUUCACCUCCAGCAGGAACAUUUUCACCCAAUGGAGUCAAUAUGCCUUUGGAUUCCACAAAUAAUCAUUCUUCACAAUCUUUGAAUUCAACAACCAAUUGUCAAACUCCUCCUGUAAAGAUUCAAGCUACGGGACAACAAACACAGCAAUUAACCAAAGGAUCCUCUCCAAUGGUGGGUAGUGAUCUUGCAUCUAGGUUCAGUUCAGAUCCCAAUGUCAUUAUUUUUGAGAAGAAUCAAUCUCUUGAAGUGUGUCAAAUGUCUCAGGACAAACAAAGUGAAAUUGUCUUGUCAGUGUUACCAGUCAUGGAGUUAUCGUAUUAUGUGAAAAUGAUGGGUACCACCAUUGUUUUGUAA